AUGGAGCAGACAAAGGCUCUUAACGCACUAGAGCCAUUUCUAGCUCUAUCCAAGUCAGCUACUUCUCCUCGCGCUGCCGCCGAUCUCGUCACUCGAGCUACAUCAGCACCGAACACAUUCCUAUUCAGCGAACUCCUCCAAACACCCGCCAUCCAGAACCUCGCCGACUCUGAGUUUGCUUCGCACCUCACCCUCCUACAAACCUUCGCCUAUGGGACAUACUCUUCCUACAAAAACACAUCGGGCCUGCCGGAGCUCGCAGAAGCCCAAGCUACUAAGCUACGCCAGCUUUCACUACUUUCGCUCGCCAGAGACCGACAGAACCUUUCGUAUGCCGCGCUACAGGACUCAUUGGAUCUUCCCGGCUCUCGCGAGGUUGAGAAUUUGGUAAUCUCGGCGGUCUACGCUGGUCUGCUCCAUGCAACGCUCGACCCAGCUCGCGCUACCGUACAAGUCUCAAGUGUUGCACCCCUGCGUGAUCUUGCACCCGGAGCGAUACCCGACUUGACUACCGCCCUCAAGACAUGGUCUGACCGCUGCACCACCACCCUCAGCAGCGUCGAACUUCAAAUCAAGGAGAUCCGAACGGCAGCCGCUGCUAGGCAGCGUGAACAGCGCGGCGCAGAUGAGAAGCUGCAGCAGUUAAUGAGCGAGCAUCAAGAGGGCGGCGGCGGACGCAAGUACGAAUUGCCAAGCAUGAGCCGUGAUAUGAUGGCUAGAAGAGGAUUCAACAAGCGGUCUGUUAUGGAUGUGGGCAACUUGGUCGACAACGACAGUAUGGACGUGGAUGAGUCGGAGGAGGAGAAGAAACGGGCAAGCAAGCGCAAGCUGUGA